AUGGUGAAACUGCCAGUGGCGUUGGGUGCAGCAGCAAGAGCCAUCGUGCAUGCAAACGGCAGCAGCAGCAGCAGCAGCACCGCGGCAGCCGUGUCACCAGUAGUAGCAGCAGCAGCAGAAACAGACACAGCAACAGCAACAACAGCAACAGCAACAGUUGCAGCAACAGCUGCAGCAGCUGCAGCAACGGGUGCAGCAGCAGCAGCAGCAGCAGCAAUUGGUGUGCUCGGUGAUAAACUAGUGGACCUGUCGGCAGCAAGCUGA